AUGAUGAAUGAGAAGAAUAAUGGAGUGCAAUGGCUCAUGAAUGGUCAGUUCAGCAUCAAGCAAUAUUAUCAGAUCUUACUGAGGGGAAACAGGCCAGUAAACUGGGCUAGAUAUGUCUGGAAUAGGUAUUCCAUUCCUAAACAUAGACUCAUUAUGUGGCUUGCCAUUCAAAAUAGAUUGAAGACUAGGCAAAGACUAAAGAUGAUGAAUGUAUUGCAAUGGUUAGGAGUUGCAUGGAGAAAAAGGAAUCUGGACCAGCUAUGCAGAUGGUCUAUGAAUAGAUACACAGGAAAUAGGACUAGGAAAAUGGUCCUAUUAUCAGCAAUAGCUGCUACUGUGUAUACAAUUUGGAGGAACAGGAACUCUGCUUAUUGGGAUCAGGUUAUAAUGACUGUUAGCAAGGCGGUGCAGGAAAUCAAAAUGAAUAUAAAGCUACGCAUUACUCAGAUUCUUAGUGAUAAGGUUAAAGAGAGGGAUAUGAGUUAG